GCGGGAGAGAGGAAACCCAUAUCACGUGGAGAGUGCCAGUAAUUGCGGAUCAGCCUCAGGAAUGGAGAUGUACGAUGUACUUCAAUUCCUUUCUGCCUUUUCACCCGGGGUGUUUUAAGCCUCCCUCCCGCCUCAAUUGGUUAACGGAGGGUAACCAAACGCGAGCCGGUAGACUGAUAAUGUCAACACAUGACGCGGCGAAGGUAGAUCUCAGAUUUCUAGGUGGAGAGAAGGAGAGAGAGGAAGAGACAGAGGCGCCAAAGGUUCCUGUCCAGAGAGACGGAAACUGGAAGAGGACGAACAAGACAGAGAGACCCCAGGAUGUGAGGUGGUCCCAGGAGAACAAUCAUCAUGGAAACGAAGUGGAAACUGACCAGUGGACUCAGACACCACUCAGUGCCAACAGUGGGGGGAUAGAACAGACAGAGCUAACUUUGGGGACCAGGGAGGAGAGUCACGGCCGAUCUGCAGUUCUGAACUGGAACCCCAACCAGACCUGGUUCACAUCCUCCCUUUCCUUCAGACUCUCCUCUCAACACAGCAAGAAAUACGACCUGGAAAAACUAGAGUCCACAGCUCAGAGGGAACACUGUCUACACAGUUCUCAGGGACCUGUAAGGGACGCACCUAUAGCUCAAGCACAGGUGAAAAGAGAAGUCUCACCAUCAUAUUAUUUUGUACCAGCCAAUUGCCCUUCAGAGGAAGAGGAAGUGACAUCGCUUACUUUUAAAGAGGAAGAGGAUUCCAAGACAGCCAUGUUGUCCUCCACGCUGGUGUCGGUUCUCGCCCCACAAUGGAGUGGGAGAAUACGCAGGAACAAGCGGGGCAUGGCCGGUACGGACAUUAGUGUGUUUGGCACGGCAACCAGUGAGUCUGGACAGGAAACCCAAGGUAACGGUCAGGAAGUGAGCGAGGGGGGUGUGCUUUUGAAGCCGCAAGUCCCUCUCGAGACAGACUCUGUAGGACAACGACGACAGUUUCUGGAGACCCAGAACCAACGUGUUGGGGAGAGGGGGUUGACCCUUGGAUCACAAGUCCAUGAGAGGGCUUCAACACUGGGUAGCUGCAGAAGCACAGUGGGGGGCUGGUAUGAGGGAAGCACCCCCAGCCUCAAACUGGACAACCCAACAAAGGCCCCAGUUUCUAAGCCUGUCUCUCUGGAUGUGAGUUGGGGGAGGCUGGCCAACAGAGGCGGAGAGGGGGGAGCUGUUUCCCCUGUUACUCCCAGCUCUCCCCUCUCUCCCGACCUGCAUGCACACAAGGGAAUGUUACAGGCAAGUCGUCAAGGAGCCCAGACAUCAUUGCUGAGUUCCAAACCAACAACCAGUAGCCUUCUUUUCUCUCUGAGAAGGCUCAACACUAUUGCGAGCUCUAUCCACUCAGAGACAAAUAUCUCAUCUCUAACCAAUGACAGAGAUGGAGAGACUUCAAGUCCACACCUCUCUCCAACCACAACCAAUUACAAAGCAUCAGAGGCAAUUAGGGCACACCUUUCCUUAACCUCAUCCAAUGAUGGAGCCAGAGAGAGGUCCAAGUUCCUACCCUAUUCAGCUGAUCCCACUUACAGGACAAUAGAGGGGUCAAGGCACCUCCCCUUACCAACUUCCAAUCACAGAGAAGCAAAUACACACAGGACACAACUAUUUUCAACCUCGCCCAAUUACAAAGACACAGAGGGCACACCCUUUACCAAACUUCCCCAGACUUCCAGGGCGUAUCCCAACCCAACCUUCCCCAGUAAGCAGACUCUUCUGUUUAGUGGUCUAGAGAGACUUUCCCCCUCAGAGAGACCAGAUGGAACCACGGUUCCCAUCAGUGAUACUCAUCUACCUUCCUCUCCACCGUCUCAAUAUGACCACCUGGAUUUUCAUGGGAGCCAGUCUCUUCCCAGAGGAACCACCCUGAGAUCUACUAGCUGGAGAAAGCACAUUACUCUGGAGGACAGUGUGUCUAAUCCCAGUUCCCCCCUCAGUCCCACUACCACCACCACUAUCAACAACAACAACAACACAUUCAGCCUCUCAAGCACUUCUAGCAAUAAUAACACGGGCCCCUCUAGCACCAAUGAUAACACUGGUGUCAAUCCCCAAAUCAGCAUCAAUAACAACAAUAAUUUAGUCACCCCCAACAAUACCAACCUAAACAGCAAUACUGUCACUGGCAAACACACACCUCAGAGCACCCUUAAAAGGACUUAUGUUCAAGAUAUCCCAGACCAGGAUUCCUAUAGAAUACUCAAAACUCAGAAUUCCCUUAACUCGAAUGACCGACAAUCACAAAAGCCCUAUUGUUUGUCCAAUAUCUCCUUCAGGUCUAACACCAGUAGCCCAGCUAGCUCGAGCACUUUGAGUAGCCCAAUAAAGUCCAGCAAGCCUGAUCGCUACAGUAGGCAAUGUAGUUAUGACACCAUCUACACCCCUCUGACCGUAUUUAGCCCCAAGACUCCAACCAGCUCUGAAACCAGUGACACUCCAUCCUCCCUCAGUAGUCAUAGAAACCUUUAUUUGUCCCAUUCCCUGAACCCCUCUUCCAGACAGCUCUCCUUACAAACCAGUAUCGCCUCCACAUCCCUCAGUAGCCACAGACCCCUCUAUAGUUCCCGCUCACUCAAUACCGCCAGCUCUAUGAGACAAGACCCCCAAAAUAGCCCAAAAUCUCCACCUCCAGUCGUCAGAAGCCAGAUUCCCAUCGUGAGUAACACCCACACCCCCACAUCCCAACUGCAGUCCCCUAAAACUGCUUACACGCCUACCACAACUCCCCAACCACUCCUACUUAAAACCGUCUACGUCCCCAGUAUCCUGACCCGCUACACCCGACCGUUGUCCCCAGACAGCUAUACCCCCAUAUCCCUGAGUAUCCCCACCACCCAGGCCCCCUCCACCCUGCCCCUCUCCCCACCCAGCUCGUCCCCUCUGGUGGAAAGGACGUUCAUAGGCAGCCUAGACCUCUCCCCUAAGAAACACCAGCCCCAAGUGGAAGGGAGGGUAACAGCACAUAGAGCGUGGCAGGAGUCACAACUAAGGCUGUCACAGUCUCAUUCACCUCAGAGACCUCUGUCCCCAACCAGACCCCUCCGUAGUGUAGAGGGUCCCGCCAUCUUCUCCUCCCUGAGAUCGGGCAGCCCAACCUGGGCUACGUCACCUUUGUCUCCCCCAACCCCCAGGACCACCAAACUACAAGUUUGGAGGGGAACCUCGAUGCAUAACUUAUCCAUAAUAUCUGAUACAUUGGUGAAGGAGGGAGGGCAAGCUCUCUCAGAGCAUGUUAGCGACCACACUUCAAACGUCACAUUCAAACACACAGGAACCGACUCGACCGUAAUAGGACCACAGAGGAAGACCGCUGCCCCUCUCUCCCUUCCAGAUUUUGGGAGCUUUUCCAAGCCACGAUUUAGCUCUCCGCCCUAUUCCACACUCAAGUCUUCACGCCCAACACAGGGUGAGGUCACACACACAACAUCACACCAACCCCUUCUCUCACCCCAACACUACCCCUUCUACGGCCAUCACAGGGCUAGGUCACAGGACAGUUCAAAGAUUGUUGCCUUGGAAAUUGAUUGUGUCAACAACAACUCCAAACAGACCAGUCAAGAAAAUGUUGAGACACUUGUGUACAGGAUUUCUAAAGUUGAUUCCUCUGCCAUAUUGGACAGUAUUAGGCCUGCACAGCCCUGUUUUCCUCGACACACACCAGACACACGAGUCGUCACAGGGAUAAAGUCCAAUGAACUCUGCUGUCUACCUUCACAACACAGCCAGGUGAUUGGAAGUCCCAGCUGUCAAUCAUACCAAAGCUCCAAUGACAGUGGAGCAUUAGACAUUGAGAAGGUUGUGUGUAAAAGCGAGAGUUUCCCUAAGAGUGCAGCGGCUCCAUUACAAACCCAGAGCCCAAAGAAAGGCUUAUUCUCACUGAGAGGUAAGAGAGACAAUGUUGUUGGUACGCCUGCUGCCAAUAUCCCUAGAAACCCAGCGAUGCCUCAGUCUGAGAAACCAGAGAAAGAGUCAGAGAAGGAGCAAAAGGAAAGUAACAAAAUAGACCUGGUGCUGAGUCGACUCCGGCAGACCUUCAGAGUCAAACAUCUCGACGACGAGAGGACGAAGAGAACACCCCAGCCUCCUCCUGUCAAAGGAGCCAGUGACAUUAGUGAUGUCACUGAGAGUAGUGGUUCUAGCAAUCGAGAAGAGGAGGAAAAAUGGAGGGAGAAUGAUGGCGUUCACAAACCUUCAAACUCUUUCUGGGGUGGCAGUGAGCACACAUCAGAUAUGACGAAGGAAAAUGUUAGGCGUGAACACUCACAGUUUGAGGGUUUUAAAGACCAUAAAGAGGCUAGAAACAGAGACCAGCCUUGUGUUAUGGAUCUUCCUCAAUUUGAGGCGUACAAGGACGAAAGGAUCACUAAACCCAAACACCAACCUUCUAGUAGCGAGAUCAGCCCAACAAGGCAGCAGUUUGAAGCUUACAAGGACGAAAGGAUAACUAAACCCAAACACCAACCUUCUAGUAGCGAAAUCAGCCCAACAAGGCAGCAGUUUGAAGCUUACAAGGACGAAAGGAUCACUAAACCCAAACACCAAACUUCUAGUAGCGAGAUCAGCCCAACAAGGCGGCAGUUUGAAGCUUACAAGGACAAAAGGAUCACUAAACCCAAACACCAACCUUCUAGUAGCGAAAUCAGCCCAACAAGGCAGCAGUUUGAAGCUUACAAGGACGAAAGGAUCACUAAACCCAAACACCAACCUUCUAGUAGCGAAAUCAGCCCAACAAGGCAGCAGUUUGAAGCUUACAAGGACGAAAGGAUAACUAAACCCAAACACCAACCUUCUAGUAGCGAAAUCAGCCCAACAAGGCAGCAGUUUGAAGCUUACAAGGACGAAAGGAUCACUAAACCCAAACACCAACCUUCUAGUAGCGAGAUCAGCCCAACAAGGCGGCAGUUUGAAGCUUACAAAGAGGAGAGGAUCAGUAGAGCCAGAAAGCAACCUCCUCAGAGAGACUUCAGCUCCGUUAUGCGUCAACCCUGGGACCCCAGCCGCUCUGCAACCCUCCCUGCCUACAGAACCUCCUCAGGCAGCACCAGAAACACUUUCUCUGUCUUCCACUUCAGCCAGAAGGACUCUGAAAAUGAUAACGUGUUCCACAUUCCCAGGAUUCCUCAGAGGAAGAAGACCACCUCUCUCUGUGAGCCAGGGGACAGGGAGUUCGGUUCCGGUGAUCAGCGUGGCAGUGAGGGACGUCUGGCAUCCUUCUCCUCCUGUGCUGAUCUCAAAUACGGUCUUGAGGCUGGGCGUUCCUUCUCUGUGACUUCUGUGCUCUCCAGCCGACCUUCGGGUCCUGGACGCAUCUCCUCAGGCCCUAGGGUCAGCAGUGUCAGUGACCUCACUUACCCUGCUCUGACCUUUGGAGAAGAGGUCAUGACUUGGGAUGACUGUAGGGUCAAAGGUGAUUGGACAAUACCAAGGUGGGACACACACACAACCACUGGCCACAAAACCACAGGUGACAGCCAAGCUGUAAAUGACUGGUCUGUCGUUAGUGACAGGACAUCCAGAAAUGAGCGCAAAACAAUCAAAGCUAAUUUUAUAAAUCCACACAAGGCUAGAUCCAAAUCCCUACCCAGAAAUGUAUCCUGGAGUUCAGAGGUCACCGCCCCAUCUCCAACCUCUACCACCACUGGCCGCAUGUGGAACCAUGGCAGCCUGGAGACCUCUCACUCCCUGUGGGAUACAGAGGGUCCUCCAACCCCCCCUCUGUCCCCUCCCUGGUCCCCAGCCUCCAGACGCAUAUCUCGCCCUCCCAGCUCCUCCUCCUCUGCCUCACCCUCCCCCACAGACAGCAGGGCGUCACAGGACAGCCUGUCCCCUAGGGGGCGCCUACCCUCCAGGGGCUACGUCUCCAACCUGGCAGUCUUCGAGGAGUCCGACUCAGGCUCUGACAUGGACUCUGACACAACCACAGAUGAUGAAUACUACCUGGCAGGUGAUGGCGGCGAGAAGGAGACUGAACUGUGAGAAGAAAUACUGUAUGGGAUGCAUCUCAAUAGCCUAAACUGGGUCUGUCUCCUUAUAUAGAAAGGAUACUUAUUUACACACCUAUUUUUGCUCACUAAAAACAGACUUGUUAAGUGUGCAUGGCUCUGGGCCUCCCGAGUGGCGCAGUGGUCUAAGGCACUGCAUCGCGGUGCUAGCUGUGCCACUAAAGAACCUGGUUCGAGUCCAGGCUCUGUCGCACCUGUCCGCGACCGGGAGACCCAUGACACGGUGCACAAUUGGCCCAGCGUGGUCCGGGAGGGUUUGACAUGCAGGGAUGUUCCUGUCCCAUCGUGCACUAGCGACUCCUGUGGUGAGCCGGGCGCAGUGCACGCUGUCACAGUCUCCAGGUGUACGGUGCUUCCUCCGACACAUUGGUGCUUCUGGGUUAAGCGGGCAUUGUGUCAAGAAGCAGUGUCGGCUUGGCUGGGUUGUGUUUCAGGGGACGCUUGAGUUGCAGCGAUGGGACGAGCCUGUAACUACCAAUUGAAUACCACGAAAUUGGGGCGAAAAAGGGGUAAAAUAAUGAAAUCAAAUAAAAAGCGCAUGGCUGACAGUAAAGAAGUCAGCACUGUCAGAUCACAGGUUAAUGUCAUGCUCUUAUCCUGGGAUCCAAAGAGCAGCCCACAUGAACUCUACACCAUAUCCAAGAGCAUGUCAUGUCAUGUCACAGUACUUGACUUUCUCAUGUCUGAUAUUUGUUUAGUUAUCAGUGGGAAGUGUACUGUAUAUGCUAGGUUAAAGGUAUUUAUGAACAAAGAGCUCUAGCUAUAAAGCUCUCCUAUCCUGUUUUAUUACUUCUGCAGCUGUUCUAACCAUGGCCUUUAUUCACAAAGUGUAUCAGAGUUGGAGUGCUGGUCUAGGAUCAGGUCCCCCCUGUACAUAUAAUCAUAUUCAUUGUGAUCUGAAGCCAAAACUGAUCUUAGGUGAGCACUCCUAAACUAAGACUCCUUGUGAAUACUGACCCUGUUGUGGUAGAGUCCUGUACCCGGUGAGAGGUAUACCUACCAUACUCAGUUUGGCUGGGGUCACAUUUCAUUGUCAAGUGCUGCCUAUCAAUAUGCUUUAAGCUAGCAUGCUAUAUGAUAUGCAAGAUAAAUAUCUUUGAAUGUUUUAAUUCUCAUGGAAAUUAGUAUUUUCUAUUUUGGUUGUCUUGGAAGGUUCUCCUGAAAUGCAUUAUAAACAGAUGAUCGUUAUAAGAAAUGUGUGAAUUACUUUUUGUGCAAUUCAACAGUUGUUUUUGGAUCAAGUAUAUGGUAAAUAUAUUUUGAAUGAACAAUAAACCAGUUCUAAUUCUG